CAUCUUCGAAGACGAAAGAUGUCUGUGCAAAGUGAACUGCAUUUAAUCAAAAAUAGUUCGACUUCGAGCACACCGAGCACACUUGCGAAAAGUAGCGUUGGCCUGUUUGUGGAGAUGGGAGGUCGGUAAUUGGAAAUCCUAUGGCGGAUAAAGCAGGAUGGUAGUCAAAAAGCGAAGGAACUCGAGAAGGUGACCGCAGAGUCGUCGCAUUUGGUGAACUCAGGAAGUAAUUGGUUGUUCAGUGGUUUUGCUCCUCUGUGGAUGUGGUUUUGCCUGAUUGUGAGCAUAAUCGUCACGCGAGAUUGAGAUAUUAUAUUAAAUAUCGAGACUAGAUAAAUCCAGUUUGAAGAACUUGGUACUGAAGACAGUGUUAGUUUGGAUUCGUUUAAAUUGUGAUGCUGUCAAAAUUGAUGAGGAGUGCAGACUCGAUGGGAGAUGCGUGCUGAUAUGGAGGUAGUCGAGAAUCCCCUGAUUUACAGGGCUCUUAUACUUAGAAGUUUUCCCGAAUACAUUAAGCUAUCAAUAAAGGGGGAAGCCAAUCAUCCGAGACACGACGUCGAGACUAUUUUCAUAAUAGUUUAACGACACGAUCAGCUGUUUGACGUAUGACCCGCCUGGGUGUCCAUCCGUCUUGCAUACCUCGGUCACAUCACAUCGCAGCCGAGCCAUUCCGGCUAUUUCAUCUGGCUGAAUAUAUUUUGUCCAAUUCAUUCGGUUGGGAGGUCGACGGAGGAAUAGCCGAAAAACUUUUGACCGUUGCCCGGUGGACUAGUCAUAGCGAAAAAUCUAACCUGCAUCACUUUUGACGUACAUUUUUCACCAAGGAUCGUCUUUAAAAUUAGUUAUCAAAAUAUGGCUUCGACCUCGAACACGUCCGCCCAGGUGCUCAUGAAUAAAGGAAAACGCGGGGCCGCGGCCUAUGUACAUGCUGAAUGCUGUAAUCCAAACAACACCGAUAUUUCCUCCGAAUCUCCGACUCAUCUCAAUGAACUCCUUGAUAUUUUACUCAUACCAAGCAAGGCUAUCGAUGAUUGGGAAACUAUCGACUGGUGCAAAUGGUUAAUGGCAGGUGGCAGAACUCCUGAUGAAUUUUCAAACACAGUACGGAUCUACGACAAUGCAACUACUUGUGGCCUUGUAUGGACCCCUAACUUUGUCGCUUAUCGUUGUCGCACCUGUGAAAUUUCACCCUGCAUGUCCCUUUGUACCGAAUGCUUCAAGAAAGGAAAUCAUCACCGUCAUGACUUCAACAUGUUUCUAAGCCAGGCUGGAGGAGCUUGUGAUUGUGGUGACACCUCGGUCAUGAAGGAAACAGGAUUUUGUGAUAGGCACGGACCAAAAGCUGCAGUGAACAAAGUGGCAGCACCUUCAGAUUUGAUGUGUGUUGCAGAAGCUAUAAUGCCUAGAAUCAUCUUACGGCUUAUACAACAUCUACGUGAAUAUUGCAAAGUGGGAGGCCCAGAUGAUUACAGAGCUGCGAUUCAAGAUGCUGAUGCUUAUCUAACGAUGCUAUUAGACUUGAAUAAUAUGGGAGCAUUGAUGCGGCAUGUAAUGACAUCUGCGCUAACUAAUCCACAAAAGUAUCGCUGUCUCAUGGAGACUUCGACUACACCAACAUCUUCUAGUCGGUCCGAAUAUGACAGCUACUGCCACAGUAGCAACAAAAUCUAUCAGGAUGCAGUCAAAUCAUUACCAAAUCCAGAACCGCCUGAUGAAUACAAAAAAUGUGCCUCCCUGCAAGAACACUUGGAGCACUCCACGUUUCUCGAAGAAUUAGUAUUUUGGACAGUCGCGUACGAGUUUCCACAGAAAUUAGUUUGCCUUUUGCUAAAUAUGCUUCCUGAUCCCGACUACAAAGAAGCUCUUACACGAGCGUUCGUUCUACACUAUAGCAGAAUUUCUAUGAUGUUAGAACGAUCUCAGGAUCCUGACACGUUGAGCAAUAGAGUUGUGCACGUCAGUGUACAGCUAUUCAGCAAUGAAAAAUUAGCUCUACGUAUGGUUGAUCAAAUGAAGUUGUUACAUGUGAUGGUUAUCAGUUUGAAAUACAUGAUGAGUAAGAUACUCAUACACAAUACAUUGCACGAUCAGGGAUCAAAUUUUCACUACGUCGUAGACUGUGGACGCCAAGUCAUGAAAGAACAUUGUUAUUGGCCACUCGUGUCUGAUCUGAACAAUGUUCUUUCUCAUAAGCCAGUUGCAGUACGUUUUAUGAGCGACGAUACCCUCCUUGAGAUGUGGUUCGACUUUCUAUCCAUGUUCCAAGGCAUGAACGUCAAUCAAAGAGAAAUGACUGAGCACGUCGAGUUUGAGCCUAAUACUUACUAUGCAGCGUUCAGCGCCGAAUUAGAAGCCAGUGCUUACCCAAUGUGGGCGCUAGUUUCUCACCUACGUGGUCCAGAAAACCUUGUGCUUAGCCGACGGGUACUUACAGUGUGUCUAACGACCUUACAGGAUUGGUUAGAUGCUAUCAAUUACACGCAUCCGAAUGUGAACGACAGUGUUCAGGUGUCGUUUCAUCUUCCGCUUCAUAGGUACUUCGCGGUAUUUAUGUGUCAAGCUGUGCGGCAACAAGGAGCUGUUCUUCAUGACCUCCUACCACCUACCGACAUGCUUCAUCUCAUCAUGAUGCAUCCGCUGCGUGUUCAGGUGGCUUUCUAUGAAAUUCUAAAUGGAAGAUGGGUACGUAACGGGUUGCAGAUCAGAGGUCAGGCAAUGACGUACAUCCAGUGUAACUUCUGCAAUUCCAUGGUUGAUGCAGAUUUAUAUUUGUUACAAGUUUGUGCUACACAGUUGAAACCCAAAGUGUUCCUGAAGACAAUAAUCGACAAGUUUCGUGUACAGGAAUGGAUGAGUUUAAGUCUUUACCAUGCACCACAGAACGAAUAUCUGGAUGGAGAACAUGAUAAUCCUAUGUUAGAGAGCUGCCUAACAUUUUUAGCCACACUAGUUAAUGUGCGCACUAAUCUAGGGCUCACAGAUCCUGAAUUAUCUUGUCUCGAAAUGGUCACUCUCCUGUGUAUGGGAGAUAAAACUCAUAGUCAACUAAUGGAACUGAUGCCCGAGCGUUGUGGCACAACAGCUAACAGAGACUUCGAAUCUGUGCUGGCUGAGGUGGCACAGUACCGAGCUCCGAAUUUGGAAGCUAGCGGAAAUAUGCAGCAGGGGAUGUAUGGACCGAAGCCGCAUGUUUGGGACAAGCUGUUCGAUCCUCUUCAUGUUCUAUUGAGAGCUGUACAUCGUAGGGACUUCCAAGUAUCCAUGGACAGGUUUACCGAAUACGUAAAACAAACCGGGCAACUGAAAAACAGUGCAACGCCCUGGCCACCUUUCCGGCAUCCUGCCCCUGUGUCUUCCGAUUACGAUGAUCCGAGGAUUGUUUUGCGUUCGAGAGUUUUUCAUGCAAUGAUAUUUGUAGUAUUGUACAAAGCUGUCAAUGGACAUAAUAUUUCGGAACAUGUUAUGGCCUUGGCGGUCUAUUUACUCGAAAUGGCGGUGAUGACUGCUGAAAUUCCUGAUAAAUCGGAAAAUCCAGUUUGUCAGUACAGCGGAAAUGGGGCAUCUCAUGUGAUAAAAGAUAUGGAUUUAGCAGGCUGGUACGAAGGUGAUAGUUUGUCUGAGAAUCUGAGGACAAUAAUACCUCGUGUAACUCUAGUCGAUGAGCGCGAUUCAGAGGAGAAUAGUUCAGAUAGUGAAUUUGAGUGGAUAAUUCAAGGGUCGAUGACAGAUGUGUCUGCCUCUCUGAUGUUAGAUGAUAGUAGAGACGAAGAGGCAACAGGAGUGCUUGCGCUACCUCCGUUGGAUCUGAGUGACAAUAAUGAAACACCACCUCCGAUGGAUACCUAUUCUUUACCAGCAUUGCCACCCAGCAGUGGAGAGUUGAGCAUGGUCCCUGUCGAUCGAACUGUCGUUAUUACACCUCAUAUCGACAGCGAUGAUGAUUUGACUCCAAGUUCGCAAAGAGCUCUUCCGGAAUCUAUUGAGGAGCCAAUGACCAUGGCCAUAGCUCUGAACGAGCCUGGUCUCUUGGCCGAUGAAAUGAUCGACGAGCACCCUGCUCUACCUCCCACACCUCAGCGGCCAGCUGUUAUGGCCGGCAAUGAAGUUGUACCCGCUCAAACGAUGUAUCCUAGACUCAGCACCUCGACAGUAACAACUACGGAGAUCGUACCUUCCACUUCUACCCCUCAUAAUCAUUUCAAGAGAAAAGAACCUCAGACUAACCCAACUCAACCGCAGACGGUUAAAGUAGGAGAGAGUAUAAUUUCACUGCUGCUUAAAUUGCAUUCGCAAUUAUCUGGAGUCCCAGACAGCUAUAAUCCGGAACAAGUCACUCAGACAGAAAAUGAAGCUGGUAGUAGUAGCGGCAGCACUAGUUCUACAUCAACACCUCCCCAAGAAUCUCGGAUAGGCGAUGGUCCAUUUUUCAUUUCUCAGCUUCUAAAUAAAAUCGCCAACCUAGAUCCUGCUUCUCGAGAAGACAUUAUUGAAACUAGAAACAAACUUUGGCCACGUAUGCACGACUGCGAGGAUGAACAACGUGAAAAAGAGAAUCGUGAUCGAGAAGAAAGGCGCAGACGAGCCAAGGAGAGGCAGCAAAAACUCAUGGCAGACUUUGCUAAUAAGCAAAAAGAAUUUAUGGAAAAAACUAUGGAGACUGAUGAAGCUGGCGUGUCUGGAAUGGACUGGAGCCAACAAGAGGAGCCUACCAAAGUGGCUAGUAAGAAAGAGUACGACUGUGUUAUCUGUAAUCAAACUACUCCCAGUACAGAGGAUAAGCCAAUGGGACUUGUGGUCUUGGUCCAGGCAACGAGUGUCAUCGGCCAUGAACGACAACAGUCUGAAAGGCUCGUUCUUCCGACUUCUGAUGAAGAUCGACCUAUUCCAAAGGGGGAUACUCGGAGCGCGCAUUUCGAGCGGAGGAUUCGUGAGAUGAUGGCAGACUUUGAUACCCUGUCCUGGCUGUUGUCAGUCAAUUUAGGUUGGGAAGGAGGAGUUCACGUUCAAACUUGCGGGCAUCACCUGCAUUUGGAUUGUCUCAAAUCUUACCUGCAAUCCCUAAGAAGUCAACAGCGACAACAAAGCUUAGCUGUGGAUAGAGGAGAAUAUCUUUGUCCGCUUUGUCGACAAUUGGCAAACUCGGUUUUACCGCUAUCGCCACAACUUGGCGAAUGUGCUGCCGUAGUACGUUCGAGGCACGCUUCUCCAACUGCUAUUCUUACAGAGUUGAAUUCCUUUCUCAAAGAAAUUCAACGUAAUCCUAUUUCAUCAAACUUGGCUGAUGCUACAGUAAAGGCUAUGGAAGACAUGACGAGCAGCACGUACCUAAAGUAUAAACAUAAAAAUAGCACACCUAGUCACCAAAGCUUGUUUCUCUUUGUUACCUCCGUAGCUCGAACUAAUUUUGAGGUAGAAUUAGUACAGCGGGGCGGAUCUGUCUGUGCCUCAUCUGCAGCGUCAGUCCCACUGACCCCCAAGCGAGACUGCAUUGUUGCCCUUCUUCAUGUCCUAGCCAUGCACGCGAGAGUCUUAACGAAUUGGCCAGUUUGGCAGACUUGGCAACAGCUCUCAGGGUUACCCGCAGAACCAGCAGCUCCACUCGCUUUAACGCCUGUUGAGAAAGAAGUCCCUCUUUUACUCAGGGAUCCGACAGCACUCCUUAUUCAGUUCAUCUUGUUACUUCCCCUUCACUUAGAUCAGACUUAUUUUUCAAGCGUAGUAAAAGUAGUCUACAACUUACUUUACUACCAAGUUAUUACGCAAGUUGGUUACAAUUUGUCACGUGCCGAACGAAGCAUCGUUCAGAGGCGAGGCAAAGUUUCUGAAGGGGCUCCGACCACUUUAGAAGAAGCACUUUACUCCGUUGUCAGUUAUUUUAGUAAUACGGAACUUUAUCAGAGCCGUACGCCACCCAAACACUUGCCCAGAUUCAAUAACAUCCAAUCGGUGGAACCACAAGUUCAAAAAUUAUGCCUUCCCUUUCUUCGAGUCGCUGCACUUCUACGUUAUCAUUUAUAUCAGCAACCUAUACCGUUAGUUCGACGACCGCAAACUGAAUUCGUCAGACUAGUUUAUUACUUGGAAUUGGUUACGGAAGGUAUGGACUGGGAAUGUUUCAAUGCAGCGGUAGCAUUGAACUGGCAAGACGACGAGGCUAGUAUCUCCGUUCCACGUAUGUGGUUAGAUCAGUUUAGUGCUUUUAUUAAUCGUAAUGCAGAAUCAGCGAGGAGUUUGAUUUCCACGCAACACAUAUCCUGGGAGGUUCCUAAGUUACUUAGCUUGCCGCGGGAAUAUGAAAAAAUAUUUACGUAUUACCACGAACGACAAUGCCGUCGGUGUCAAUCGGUGCCUCAGGAGACGAGCAUCUGUCUGUUAUGCGGAACGAUUGUUUGUUUAAAACAAAAUUGUUGUAAGCAACAUAACGUUUGCGAGGCUGUCCAGCAUUCGAUUGACUGUGGCGGAGGGACUGGUAUAUAUUUGGUCGUCACGUCAACGUAUAUUAUUGUGAUACGAGGCAGAAGGGCCUGUUUAUGGGGCUCAUUGUACCUAGAUGAUUUUGAAGAAGAAGAUAGGGAUCUGAAGCGAGGGAAACCAUUGUAUCUGAGUCAGGAUAGGUAUCAACUAUUGGAGCAGCAAUGGAUCGCUCACAGGUUUGAUCAUACAAAAAAAACGUGGGUAUGGCAUCGUGAUGCUUUGUGACCACCUAUUCAACAAUCAUAAUCAUCCAAUGCCGCGCCAACGAAAAUAACGCUUUAAGAAAUAAUACAUGGCUCUGAUAGUUUAUGGUUAAAAUAUUUAUUACGACGCAAUGAUUAACUAGGCAUAAUAAUUAUUGAAAGUAUUAAUGCGUGAUGAGAGCUGGGCUAAAUUGUUUAUAUUCAUUGAAUAGAUCUUGAGCAAUUGUCUCAAGUGAACACUGUAUAUUUUAUUUAAGUAUAUAUAUAUAUAAAAAAAAGUCUUGUCCUAAUAAACAAAGAAAGAACAAAAAAAAACAUAAAAAAACAAUAACUUUCAAAAUGAAAAAAAGGAGAAAAUAAUACUUACGUAGUACGUGGUAGUACUCUUUAUAGUAUUUGUAUCAUAAAUAUAAUUCUAAGAUGAAUAACAAGUUGGUCCAUAAUGAAUUCUCAGUCUUUCUCCUGGAGACACGUCAAUCUAAUUAAUUUUGUAAUUAUCAAUGAAAACACCCAGAAUUCGAUUGUUCUUUAAACCACGAAGGCUGUGGGUGAUGUAAAUCUUCAGAGCUGUGCACCCAUUUCUUGAAAUUCAAAUCUAAUCAUGAAAUUUCAUGAAUAUUUAUUAAUCCGCGAACUUAGGAAUUAUUUAAAAGUUUCGCGUGUUGAAAUAACAGUAACAAUGAUGAUGAUAAUAAUAAUAAUAAUGAUAAUGAUAACGAUAAUAAUAUUAAUAUUAAUAAUGAUAGGCUGUGUUUAUGAUAUGGUGUAAUUUUCUUACCCACAUAAUACGCUACGAUAUCUGGCCGUUGUAAUCUUGGAAAUGUCACUUCAAUUAUCCUACUAGGAAUCCACCUAGAGCUGUUGAAGAGAUUUUUCUUUGCAACUCAAGAGAUCUCAAUAGAUUUUCCCAUAUUCUAGCUGCAGGGAAAGGUUCUCGAAACAAUGGCUAAAUUAAUUUCUAUUUCCGGUCGACUAUUGAAAGGGUAGCUAAUUCUACGACUAUAUUAAAUUUAAUAUUAAUACUUUUAUUGUUAGUUGAGAAUAGACAAAACAGGAAAACGAUUUUAUACGCUGUAAAGAAAUAUUUUCUUGUUUCAAAAUUAAAUUUAUGGUAGUAGUGAUCUACCUGAAAAUAAUUGUAAAUUGUAACUGAGAUAUUCUGAUAAUGCUUGUUCUGUGAGUGCAGAAUUGUUUUAUUAAUUGUUUAUAUUAUGUAACGUGUUGGAUUAAUCAAAUGUUAUAUUAUCUGCUGCUGCUGCUGACCUUGGGACAAGUUAUUCUGUGUAUAUACAUACAUAAUCUAUUAUUUGAUGGCAACGUUGCUACAUGUUGUCCAACAUCAAAUCGUGUGAAACAUAAAAUCACAAUUAGAAGUUCGUGGUUGAUGAUGAAUAAAAUCAAUUGUACCAAAUAAA